CCCAAAAUGGCCAGGAACAGCGAUGUUGAACAUUCGACCGAGCUGCGUGCUCCGACGAACCGGGACUCUGGCACGCCGAGCAAGGCUACCUUUAGUAACGAUGCUUACGAGCUGGCCAGGGUCGGAAAGAAGGAGGUGUUGAAGCGACGAUUUGGUCUAACGAGUACUGUCGGGUUUGCCUGCAGCUUGAUGCUGACUUGGGAAGCGGUUAUAAUGAAUAUUGGCUUGGGACUUACCAAUGGUGGUCCCGCCGGUUUGGUGUAUGGCUUUCUUGGGGUCUGGGCGGGCAUCAUUUCCGUGUUCAUUUCAAUGGGGGAGCUAGCAAGCAUGAUGCCUUCGGCGGGCGGACAAUAUCAUUGGGUGAGCAUCUUGGCCCCUAGGUCGGCCAGGAAGUUUCUCAGUCAUGUCACUGGCUCGGUCUGCAUUAUUGCGUGGACAGCGGCCCCCACAGCCGCCAUCUACCUGGCCGCCAGUGUGUUGCAGAGCACCAUUGCCAUGAACAUCCCCAGCUAUGAUCCCAAAGGAUGGCACAUCACGCUGAUCAUGUGGGCGAUUCUGCUCAUCUGCACAGUUCUCAAUACUUGGCUGGGAAUGAUCUUGCCCGUCAUUGAAGUGCUUAUCCUUCUUGUCCAUGUGCUUGGCUUCUUCGCCGUCUUAGUUCCGCUCGUCUAUUUGGGGCCCAAGGCCGAUCCGCGAUCGAUCUUUACUGUAUCCUUCGAUUAUGGCGGCUGGGGCGAUCUGACCUUAGCUACCUUUAUCGGGUUAAAAGGCACUGUGGCUGCGUUUGUUGGCACUGAUGGCGCGGUUCAUAUGGCCGAAGAAGUCGCCAACAGCAGUCGGGUGGUCCCCCGUUCUAUGCUACUGGCCCUCAUGAUCAACGGCGCAACUGGCUUUGCCAUUCUGAUUGCCUUCCUCUUCACCGCUGGAGACCUGCUGAAGAUUGUGGAAUCCAGUGCCUCGUAUCCCUUCAUGUACAUGCUGGCGAGCUCGACGGGCAGUAAGGGUGCUGCGGUUGUUCUCUCCAGUAUGAUGGCUAUUCUGCAAGCGUGUGCAGGACUCGCGGGUAUCUCUUCCGGCAGUCGUAUGCUGUGGUCAUUCUCCCGCGAGCAGGCCAUUCCCGGCUGGCGCUGGGUGCGACAGGUGAACCAACGAACUCUGGUGCCCUUCCACAGCACGUUGGUGGUGGUUAUCACAGCCGGUCUGCUCAGCCUGAUUAACAUCGGGUCGGCAGUGGUGCUGAACAUCAUUCUGUCGCUGGUCCUGGAGGCCUUCUUUGCCUCGUACAUGAUCUCUCUGACCCUCCUGCUCUAUCGUAGAUUGCGCGGCGACCUCACCGAGCCGGGUCAAGGCGGCGGUGUCCUCAACUGGGGGCCCUUCCGAGUCAAAGGGUGGUUGGGCACGGCAAAUAACAUCUUUGCCAUUGCCUACUCCAUCAUCAUGAUGUUCUUCGGGUGCUGGCCACCAGAGAACCACCCCGCUCCCAAGAAUAUUAACUACAGCAUUGUCAUUUUCGCGGGAGUUACCCUCAUCAGUAUCGUGUACUAUGUGGGAUGGGCGCGGAAGCACUACAAGGGCCCGCUAGCCGAGCUUUAGUCGGAUGCUUUUGACUAACUAACAGCUCGGGAAAUGGCGCAUUUUCCCACUUGAUUCAGGGACUUUUUCC